UACACUUGUAAGCACAUGAUGGGAAACCGAAGAAAGAACUCUUGAAGAAGGAUAAUAGCUUGCGUGAGUGAAUGAAUGAAAUUCCCCACGCUUGCCCACUUUUGUUUGAGUUGCGAUGUUCGGUAAGACCAUGACUUUUCGUCACUACUUGAUCAGGACCCUGAACCCCUUUUUGGAGUAUAUCUGUAUCCACUUACUCUUCUGCAUCGGGUCGUGGUCCUCGGACAACUCUUUCCCCACCUCAUUUUCAGAGAGCAAGCGUAAAGCUUGCCAACAACAACUUUUCAAAUAUGCGUUUAUGUUUGUAGUUGACUAGAAGUUUUUUUCUCUAGUCAAAUAGGCACUCCAUCUGGUCUAUCAGCUUUUUACCCUCGAGCUUCUCACUUGGCGCUGCCGGGCCGAUACGAUUGAAAAAAGAUUACACUUUGAGUUUCGAACUUCUUGUGCACCAACUUCAGUCGAUGGAUAGCGCACCGCCGCAACACGCGGAGGAUACUCCCCGCGGCCUGGACGCGGUCAUCGUGGGGUCGAUCGGUGUAGUUGCGCACUGCAGCCGUCUUCAGUGGCGGUGUUUUAACCAGGCGCUGUGCGAGUUCCGCGACAGCGGCGAGUUGAUUAUUCCGGCGAAACUGGAUGCCGCCCCGGAAGACCACGGCAGUCUCGAGGAGGAGGAAAUCCUGUGGCCGCGCGAGCAGUACAUUGCGUCCCUGACGUCCACGGGCGGCGCAAAGCGGCUGCGAGAAUUUUUCUCCAACAACUACGCGGUAGAGGACGAAACCAACUUGAGCGACGAACUCUGCGCCCGCAUCCACCACCGCAAGUCCGAGAUUUUCGCGGAAAGAAUUUAUCAAAUAAAACUGAAUGGGGCGACGACUGCGCCGGAAGUGCAAUUUUCUCUGCGCCCCGGGGUUUUAGCCUUUCUCCGCGCCGCGCGGCGCAACAACGUGAAGGUUGGCUUCUGCGCCCCGACGGAACGGGUUGUGAUCGACGCAUUUCUCGACGUGCUCAAUCUGCGGGACCUGUUUGACGUCUACAUUACUGCCGACGACCGAGGCGUCCGGUACCCGGACAAGGGGAAGCCCGAGCCGGACUGCUACCAAUACGUUGUGGGACAGCUGUAUCAACAAAGAAAAAAAGGGGUGCAACGCUGUGGCUUUGUUUAGUGAGAAGUAGAUCAAGCACGGAUCAUGAUAUCUCGAUAGAAUGAAUCGCACCUGGUGCAUGUUUUUGCAGAGUGCGAAGUUACUUGCACGGCACAUUUUUCCGCGUCCCUGCCCAAGAGGCACCUACGCAAACGCGUAGUUUCUGUGCUGCAUUCUGGUUUUCUUGCAAACUGUCUCGAAACAGUCACAACAAGGAACCCAUAUUUUCAUUCCAUAAGCAGUUCGCGUCGCCUGCAGUAGAGGACAGCUCCACCGGGCAGCAGCACGACGGAUCGGGCCUGCCCGAACAGACACCCACCCCACCAGAGAACCCGGCUGCGCUCGAGGAAGUUAUCAAGACGAAGAGUCUGCUGGCCCUGGAAGACACUUGGAUUUCGAUGCAGAGCCCGCUGGCUGCGGGUAUUCCGACGCUGGCACUGCCGUCGGAGUGGGCAGUGGGCCAAGACUUCACACAAGCACUCUCUUGCUGCGCAGAGCUCCCGGACUUGGUCACGGAGGCGGAGGCCAUUACCAACGGUUUUGUGAAAGCUUCUGUAUCGGACAAUCAGAUCUUUCCGCAGCGGAGCGCCAGCAGCAUGGCGAGCGACAGUACAAUCGAUCGGAGCGACGUUUCCUACCCAGUAGAGCCGCUGGACAACCAACUUGGAGACAAAUUGCUCUCUGCGGCGGGCCGAAUUCUCUUUGAAAAGGCGGACCGAACCGGGCGGGCUACUUGAGUUUCUUAUCGGGAAAAUCUGAUUACUGUGGUCUUAUGUGAACUGGAUUUGCAAAUUUGACUGCAAUUUUUUUUAAGUUUCAGUUUGUGUGUGAAGAAUAUGGUACAAAUGUCAUACGACUUUUGAUGUCAACUGCUUCUUCCCUGCAGCAGGGCCGAUAAUUUCCCCAAGCACCUUGUGAUUUAGCACUGUUGAAUUUUCCGCAGCAGUAGUGCUGCACAUAGUUUUCCUUCCCUAGAUUUAUUACCUGAGCAACAAUAACAUUAGUAUCGGUGUUUUACAUACUCAUACAUUUUUGUUUGUGACCAAAAUCUUCUCUUUUCGUAAUAAAACAAGCUCACCAAGACGACGGUAUUUUGUCGUCUCGUUUACGCACAAUAAUCUUCGAAGUGCGUCCAGCAAAUGCAUAGUGCUGAUUACGUAGCGCUGUCACACUGAGACUCAUAGCCGAAGAGCACACCGUCCAAGGUCGGGCACAUUCAAAUUCUCUGGCUUCGUGAUUUUGUUUCGAACUAGCGGGCUACGAGACUGAAGCCAAGAAAAUAAGAACCAAUACCAGCAAU